UAGGUGACGGUAAUGCAACAUUUUAUUGGACGCCAACCGCCCUUAAACCUCAUCGAAGAAGAAGAAGUGGCUAGCUUUUCACAGGUAUGGCGCGAGACAGCAAGUGCACUGGAAUCUGUUGAAAGCAAACUGCGAAGUGAGAAACGAGAGAGAGAGAGAGAAAAUGAAGUUCCUACACACGUGGAUUAAUUUAUAUCACUGUAGUUAUUUUAAAGCGAUUCUGCUUGUCGGGCGGCUUUAAAACUAAAUCAUAAACGUUCGUUGAGUUUGACUCUAGUGGAGAAGCUUGCUAUGCUCACGCACACAAACAAAUGACGGAGAACAACCCGCUGAACGUGCUGAGACGGUGCACACCUAUCGACGGAGAACGGACGAAUGACAUGGGAAACAUUUUAGAAACACCCUUUUUUCGUCUAAUUUAUUAUUACACAAGUUAAACUGGUUGGAGAUCAAAGACGCUAGCAAGCUAUAUUUCGAACGUUUCGAUAGAUCAUUUGUAAACGGCACCCCCCUCCCAUCCAGGAUAAAACCAUAACAUAUAUGAUCAGAUUGAGGAAUGUGCGGCGUUAAAAACAUUUGACACGUCAUUAAACCGUAUAGACACGUCAUUAAACCGUAUAGGAGUAUUUUAGUCUCUACCAAAAGCAGCUUCCUCAUUAUCUACAGAACUGUCAACAGAGCUAGCAGCAGUUUGUCGCUUUGUUUACCUCGCUACUGUAGCUAGCUAGCUAACGUUUUGAGAGCAGGCUGCACAGUUGGAUGGAUAACGUUAGCUAACCUAGCUACAAACUAAACGUGGUGCCACCACUGGUGGGUAAUGCUUGCAGCCCCUCUGUAUGACAACCACAGCUGUUGGUUGUUGGGACGAGCAAUUUGAAUUGGUCCUGAUUUAUUUGACUGGCUGUUAGGAAAGCUUCCAAAGAGCGAGUGCCAACGGGGUCGUCCGGUUUUCAGCCAGUCUUCAUUGCCACUGGGGUCACCAUGGCACAGCAGCAGAUGCCAAGCUCUCAGAAGGCACUAAUGCUUGAACUGAAGUCUCUCCAAGAGGAACCAGUGGAGGGUUUCCGCAUCACACCAGUAGAAGAGUCUGACUUGUACAACUGGGAGGUGGCCAUAUUUGGACCCCCCAACACACUUUAUGAGGGAGGAUACUUCAAGGCACACAUGAAGUUUCCAGUUGACUACCCCUACUCUCCACCUACUUUCCGUUUCCUCACAAAGAUGUGGCACCCCAACAUAUAUGAGAAUGGGGAAGUGUGUAUCUCCAUCCUUCACCCCCCUGUUGACGACCCACAGAGCGGAGAGCUACCCUCUGAGAGAUGGAACCCCACCCAGAAUGUCAGGACCAUCCUACUGAGUGUGAUCUCUCUGCUGAACGAGCCCAACACCUUCUCCCCGGCCAAUGUCGAUGCCUCUGUUAUGUUCCGCAAGUGGAGAGACAGCAAGGACAAAGAGUAUGCUGAGAUCAUCAGGAAGCAGGUAGUGUCCACUAAAGUGGAGGCGGAGCGGGAUGGGGUGAAGGUCCCUACCACGCUGGCGGAGUACUGCAUCCAGACCAAAGUGCCUUCCCACGACAGCAGCUCGGACUUGCUUUACGACGACCUCUACGAUGAUGACAUUGAGGAGGAUGACGAGGAAGACGAAGAUGAUGCAGAAGCUGGGUGCCAGAUGGCCGGAGAGGAGGGGAACUGCUUAAUUGACGAGGAAGACUCGGGCAACGAAGAGUCAUGACCUUCCUCCUCUCGCUUUUUAUCCCGCUCCUCCCCACACCCUUCCUACCAGUGACUCUGCUGCAGCCUCCUCCUAUCCUUACUUUCUGAUUCCUUACCACGUGCGCACACACACACUCUUGCUCGAUCCAUCCCAUUCUUGACGGCUUCCCAUAGCACUUAGCAUGCCCAUAUUCUAUUAAGGCGCUCUACACCUGAAGCAGGGAUUUUUAACAGCUUUAUGGGGGUCAGAUUUAAUGGUUUUAUUAUGGCAUUUCUCUUAUUCAGCCAUUUGAGGGGUCAGUUUUAAACAGUUCAACAUAAUCACAUGCUUUAUAAUGACACCAAUCUGGCUUGUAUGCUGUCUACCAGUGUUGCCAACAAUUUUUUUGCGAGAAUUCCUAUUGGCUGCUUGAUUUGUCGCCAGAUGAUGUUUUGCUGUUACCAUGACAUUUUCUCCCCAGCUGCACACCCCCUCCCCUUAUGCUUCUGUACCUGUGUGUGCGGUGUUGCUGUGAAUUAUUUUGCAUAGGCAGCUUUUCUCACUUUUGUUUGUGGAAUUAUUUAGUGGGAAAAGUCACUAAAGGGUAUCAAAACUCAUCUCCAAGGCAGCCUGAAAAGUAGCUUAAUUUGUCGCUAGGCACUUUGACAAAUAAAAGUUGCUGUGGGGGUCUGAAAACUGACUGAAUAUAGCGACUUUAAGUUGGCAACACUGGUUUCUACCCCUCCCAGGGUUAAAAUACACUCUCAAACUAGUUCUAAUUCCGUUGUGUUAAACCAAAUUGUAUUCAAACGUAAAACCACAAUUUAAAUGAACUCUAAUUUGUUCUUAAGCUAUGGAACAGGGUGGUAAGAUGCACUCAACUAACAUACCCCUCUCUUACUCUCUCACACAUCAGUUAAAUUAAUAAACAAAAAACUUACUCUUUCUGUAUUGCCCUGGCAUGGAUCUGAACACCAAAAGGACUAUUUUUGCUUGGUUCCUCAUAUUUCUCUGAGUCAUCCACUCAAUCAAAGAUCGCUAGCAAAUAGGAAGGGUUGGGCACUGACUCCCAACAUGCAUCUCUUUGAGUGGAUUCAUCUCAACAUGCAUAUUUUCAACCAGAGACUGUAGAGAAGCAAUCUCUGCUCCAACUUCUGAGGUGAAAUGCACCUGAAACUGAUAAAGGGUUUCUGAGACUGAUAAACUGAUAAAGGGUUUCUGAGACUGAUAAAGUCUCACGCCUGAUGUCACUAAACUCUUGUGCUCUCAAACAAGAUGCUUCCAAAUAUUGGUACGGUACCAGCGAUGGAUAAUUUCCAUGGGGACUGGACUGGCGACAUGGCGUUGUUUCCUUGGUGACUGAUUUGUAACAACCCAUUCUUUCUAUGCCUAUGGGGGACUUGAACACCAGGAGUGAAUGAGACAAGUGGACCCCUCCACACCACAGAGCGUUGGAUCCAACAAACUGCUCUGCACAGAAAACAGCACUGAGAGAGGCAACACUGCUGUUUCAAGUAGAGACAAUUUGUUCUGUUAGUAUUUGCUGUAGUCAGUAAUCUCCCGUUCAAGGUUUGAUGAAAACAUCUCUUUACCCAGAAACACAGACAAUGAAUGCUGGAUCACCAUGGGAAGUGUUGGCCAUUCCAUAACUCUUUGUUACAGCUGAGGUUUGGGGUGUGUCACCUUCCUCUACUAAGGGUGUGUAUAAGCAACAGACCUGGGUUCACAUACUAUUUGAAAUCAUUUUAAAUGUCCCAAAAGUGCAAACCCAGACUUGAAAGCAAACUAUUUGAUUUCGAAUAGUAUUUGAAUGCAGGUCUGAUGAGCCAGACAUUGAGGUUACAAAUGCUUGGGUAUAAUGGAGUGAACUGAAAGCCACUUAAUGUCUUUGAUUUUUCAUUUGAGUUUGGUAGUCCUCAAGUGGUUCCAAAGUAAAUGUGAUUCAUGAUGUUUUUGUUGCCAAAGAGAUCUCCUCCCAGUGCCAGUCACAGGCCCUUGACCACAGAUGGGUAAUCAUUACAUAGAAAAGCAUUCCGUUUGGGGACACGUAGAGCGCUUCAUAACCAUUAUGAUCAUUUAUUAGAUAUCUCAAUUAUGUUUAAUUUUAAUUUAAGUUCAAUAAUCGCUUAGAGACUUUGGGCUUGAUUCAAUCAAAUGCACAGGGCAAUAUUUAUGCAGUAGUAUGUAGGCCUAAACAUAGUGGGUAAACAAAGAUAUUGUGUAAACAUUGCUAAGGCAGGGUGGCUUGGAUCCGGCCCUUGGUGUCUUUCAGCUAAUGUUAUGUGCUUGUUUUUCGGAGUAGAAAAUUCACCUUGUUUUUCAUGGUCUAACUGAACUUACGUCAUGAACGUUGACUGAAUAUAAAAUAAGCUUUCUUUUGUGAAUCAAAGGCUUUAUAUUUGGGUUGUUUGUUGCACAAAGUCAAAUAAAUACAGAGAGCACUGGAAAUUGUCAAA